ACUGAUGCAACCAUCUUAUUGUCGAAGAAGAUCAACGACAUGCAGUCUUAUAUCCUUGGCGUCCUCGAGGAACAUGAUCCUGAGAAUGAUUGGAUGGUUCGUGCUGUUCUCAGACGUUGUGUGCCCAGGUUGCUUCUUGUUCAUUGUGGUUUGGAUAAGAUUGUCGAGAACACUCCCGAGGCUUAUCUCAAUGCUAUGGUUGCCACUUGGAUUGCUGACGAGUUCGUCUACUCUAAUGGUCUACAGACUAGCGAGUUCGGCUUCUUCCAGUUCAUGCGCUCGCUCGAGGAAAAGUCCGAAGGUGAGGUUACCCCUUCUACUAUGUGA